AUGAUAGGCCUCCGGAAACGCAGCAGCGAAAGCGACGACGAGCCAGUUCCGUCGUCCUUUUUGCUUCGGAAAGUUGCAGCUGUAGACCUUUUCACGAAACCAAAGGAGGAUUAUUGCCGAUCCCAGACCCGAGCUGGUGCUAUUAUUAGCAUUAUAACAGUUUUUGCGGUUGGGCUUCUUGCAUCGUGGGAAGUUAUGUCCUACACUUUAGGUUGGAAUGCCUACAAGACGGAACUAUCAGUGGAUACCAGCCCUGAGAAGAAUAUCACUUUUAAUAUUGACAUUACAUUCAUGCAAGAGCCGUGUCACGAUCUUUUCCUCGAUGUGAGUGAUGUUAGCGGAACUUUUAGUAUUAAUGUUACGGAAAACCUGUUAAAAACUCCCGUGGAUGUAGGGGGAAAUCUUGCCUAUUUGGGCACCCGACGCUUUUUCACAGACCCCAGGAGCCCUUUAUAUACUAGGAGAAAUGACCCCAACUCCCCCGACUUUUGCGGAAGGUGUUUUACUGGUAAUAAAGCCAUCGCUGGAGGUAAGAAUUGCUGCAACACUUGCGAAGAAGUUAUGGCCGAACACGAUAGAAAAGGACUGCCGAGGCCGAAUAAAAAUGUGGUCGAGCAAUGCAUCGGUGAACUAUCUCUGGAAAACCCCGGCUGUAAUUACAGGGGUGCCUUGAAUGUAAGAAAAGUGAGUGGCGUUAUAUUUUUCACUCCAAAGGUCAUCAAAAACACAAUCAAGAUGGAGGACCUUUUGAAAUUUGAUGCAAGUCAUGUGAUAAAUAAAUUUUCUAUUGGGGACGAAAGCGUAAGACGUCAUUCUCGCCGAGGUGUUUUAAAUCCACUGGAGAAACAACGAUUUAACGGCAGUGGAAGAUUCAUGAAGGUCAGGUAUUAUUUGAACAUAGUGCCUACCACCUACGGAAGUGGCGCUUCAUCUGGCCUCCACCCCCCGACAUAUGAAUACAGCGCAAACUGGAAUUCCCGUGAAGUGGCUAUUGGCUAUGGUGGUUUUCCUUCUGUCGAGUUUUCCUUCGAUUUUUUUCCAAUGCAGGUGAACAAUAAUUUCAAACGAGAACCGAUAUACCACUUUUUGGUGCAACUCUGUGGAAUAAUUGGUGGCUUGUUCGUAGUCCUGGGACUUGUUGAUAGCGUGGUUGCGCGUCUGACACGACUUGUGUAA